ACAAACUUCACUUCAAUAAUUAUGCUAAGGGUGCGAUUCAAGGCAAUUCAGCGACCCGCGCAGUGCAUUUCCAGACGCUGGGCCUCGACGGCGCUCCUAGAACGGCGAGUGCAGCUGUGGGACCAGGAAAAGAAGCGGCAGGCAGAAGCACCGGUCUCCGAGUCGCCACCUCUGACUCUGUCUCUGUUUGGAUCCAAGCAGAUCACAGUGCCCGGUGGGUGGAGUGCGCUGGACGUUGCGCGCAAGUACGAGCAGUCCGACUGCCAAGAAAUACGUGGCAGCGCAGAUCAACGGCACCACAGCCUGGGACAUGCAGCGGCCACUGCCUGCUAACGUGGAGACACUGAGCCUGGUCAGAUUUGAUACCGACAGUGAGCUGGCCAAGCAGGUGUUUUGGCACUCGUCGGCGCAUGUCAUGGGUGCAGCACUGGAGAAGGUUUAUGGCGAUGACCUGCUGCUGUGCGAUGGCCCGCCGCUGUCCGAUGGCGGGUUCUUCUACGAGUUCCUGCUGCUGAACAACUCGGGCGUCGAGCGGCUGGAUCGGCGAUCCUACACCGAGCGGAUCCAUGAUCUGUGCGGCACGCCCGAGGCACUGAAGAGCCUGAGGUUUCUGACGCCAGCCGACCUGGCAGCUGUGAAGAAGGCAGCGAGCAAGAUUGUCAACGAGAAGCACGCGUUUGAGCGGCUCGAGGUCAGCUAUGAGUUUGCAUGCGACCUGUUUCUUGACAACCCGUUCAAGCUGCAUUUCCUGGACCGUGCCCGUCAAAACCAGCACUCCACCAGUGGAUCAACUGGGUCGGACAAGACCGUUAGUCUGUACCGGUGCGGCGAGAUGAUCGACCUGUGUCGCGGCCCGCAUGUGCCAGUGACAACCAUGCUCCAGGGCAUGUCGUUCGACAAGGUCUCGUCUGCACACUGGGUCGGCCACCUUGACGACUCGUCGCAGAACUCGCCUGUGCUGAACCGCGUCUACGGCAUUUCGUUCCCCAGCACGCAGCUGCUGAAGGACCACCAGACAUCGGUGCAGGCUGCUGCCAAGCGCGAUCACCGGGUAAUCGGCAAGGAGCAAAAGCUGUUCAUGAUGCACCCGUGGGCGCCCGGCUCAGGCUUCAUCCUGCCGCACGGCCAGCGCAUGGUGAACCGGAUCAUGGAUGCAAUCCGCAGCAAGUAUGCCGAGUUUGGCUUUGACGAGGUCAGCACGCCGCUGAUGUACAACAAGAAGCUGUGGGAGAUGAGCGGCCACUGGGAGAACUAUCGGGACGACAUGUUUGUCAUUUCGAGUGCGCAAAAGGCGGCUAUUGAGGGCAAUGGGACGUGUUGCAACGGCGACCAUCACCACGAAGGCGAGCCCGAGUUUGGGCUCAAGCCGAUGAACUGCCCGGGCCACUGCUUGAUCUUUGCCAGCGACCAAAGGUCGUAUCGCGACCUGCCGAUUCGCUAUGCCGACUUCAGCCCUCUGCACCGCAACGAAGUCGCUGGUGCGCUGUCGGGUCUGACGCGGGUGCGCAAGUUCCACCAAGACGACGGCCACAUCUUUUGCACGCACGAGCAGAUUGCCAGUGAAAUGGCCAGCUGCCUCGAGUUCAUCGAUGGCAUGUACAAGAUCUUCCACUUCACAUCGUACGAGCUGGUUCUGUCGACGCGACCCGAGAACUUUAUCGGAUCCGUCGAGGACUGGGACAGGGCUGAGAAUGCGCUGAAGGCGAUCCUGGACAACUCAGGCAAGAGAUGGACCGUCAAUGAGGGCGACGGCGCGUUCUACGGACCAAAGAUCGAUGUUCGUGUGCGCGACGCCCUGCGCCGCAAGCACCAGACGGCGACCAUCCAGCUGGACUUCCAGCUGCCCCAGCGGUUUGACUUGAAGUACACAGGCAGCGACGGGCAGACGCACCGGCCGGUGAUGAUCCACCGCGCGGUUCUGGGCAGCAUCGAGCGCAUGCUGGCGGUGCUCAUUGAGCACUGGGGCGGUCAGUGGCCGUUCUGGGUCAACCCGCGCCAGGCCGUGGUGAUUCCGGUGACGGCGUCGGACAAGGCGCCAGAGAUCACCAAGUAUGCACAGCAUGUGCAGGAGGUGCUGGCGGGGAGCAGCGACAAGAACCCGGGACACCGGUUUUUUGUGGAUCUGGAUACGUCUGGCAGCUGGCUGAAUCGCGCAGUCAGGGAUGCGCAGGUCGCCAAGUACGGGUUUAUUCUGGUGGUUGGCGAAAAGGAGGUCGAGAAUGGCACCGUUGAUGUCAGGCAGAGGCAGGGCGGCAAGCGUAUCGGAUCCAUGACCGUUGCUCAAGUUCGCCAGAUGUUUGAAGAGCUGGUAGACAUAUAUCAGUGAUAGCACACUCAUACCACACAAGCACUUGUAUUA